GGCGCGGUUACAAAGCAUCCUUCCAUCUUGUUGUGCAUUUGCAUGUUUCGGAAUAAUUUUAGCUGUUUUGUAAUGUCGUGUGACUUAGACAAAACGACGAAGAAGCGUAACGGUUGACAAACUGGUGCCUGAACCUGCAAUAAUAUGGAUACUUGCGUGAAACGGGUGGUGGUCUUGAUGGUUUUUACAUCAGUUGUACUUUGUCAAGGUGCGUAUAGAAAAUUAUCACUUCCUUUGGUGCACUGUUUUAAUUUAAAACAGACGUUUAGCGUGUACUUGCCCGCGCGCUCUUCUUGCAACCCCUUUGUGAUCAUAAAAAAACUGAAAAGGUAAGAAAUCUUAAAAAUAAUAAACAGGCGUGACACGUCAAACAUAUUUUAAACUUUUAUAAAAAUAAAAAACCUUAAUACUGAUCAUGAAGCUUGAAUUGUUCAUUCCAAGCGACACAGGGUGUACGUGUAGCAUACGAAAUAAGCUGUAAGCUUUUGUAUGUUAAAAUACGUCGUCAACAUUUGUAAUACAAAGCGUAUGGCCGUAAAUACUUGUCUUUUGUUAUUCUUUUCUUAAGGUAAAUCUAUAUUUUGUUAUUUAAAGCUUUUCCUUGCUUAGUUGUUGUUCAAUUGGUCCGUUUGUUAUACUGAACUGAAUGUUAAACCAUCAUUACUGAUAUGUGAUCAUCCAUGGUCUUGCCAGUGAAGAGCAGUGGGCAUCGUUUUCACAUCAUUCAUUAGCCUGUUUAUAUCAUGUUUGUAAACUGUUACCCGCCUUUUUCAAAAUUGGAAAUGAUCGGAAAUGGAGCAUAAAGUACAUUUACUGGUGUGGAAAUCUGAUGUCCAGAUGUACAUUCAAAAAAUACCUGUAGCUUUGAAGAAUUAUGAUCAGUGUUGGGAGUAAAGAUUGCUUUUGAAUUUAUGUUUUAAAUCUGUGAUAAAUUUGUCAUUGAAAAUCCUUUCAUUAUCUUUAGAAAAGUUACUAAAAGGUGAGUGUUUGAGAUUGUUAUCACCUGUUCAAGCUGCGAGUUGAUAGCCUCUGUAAAACUAAAACUUGAAAAGUAUUUUGUUUUUUAUUUUUGUCAUGAAUUUAAAACCUCAGGUGACCCAAAACCACUGCCCCCCAGUCCAUGGACCCCCCUACGGACCACUGUACAGACCGGUACACAGACCCCCCUUACGGGUCCCCAUGAAGACGAUAAUAAAAAUGACAGUUAGAGAUUUGACUUACCGUUUGUUUUGUUUUGUUUUUUGUUAUUGUUGCCUCCUUUACUGUGAUGAUGAAAGGAGGACCUGCAUACAUUUAUGUCGAAAAAGACCGAUAACUUGGCUAACUUGUGUAUUCGCUACCGGCCUCCAAUUGCCUCUGCCAUUUUGUUCAGCUUAAUGCUCCUUGUGUUCAGUCACUCGUUCCAGACUUCAAAAAUUAGACGCAGUAUCUCACCUUUCUCUCUCAUGCAACCAUGGAUGACACGGGACACCAAAUCUCACGAAAGUACAUUUCUGUAAUUUAUUAAUUUAGUUCGACACUGCAGAAGGAAUAUGUUUGAAUCACUGCCGUGCCAGAUUAGUGUAGCACAGCAGAGCUUGCCCUACUUAAUUUGUCUGUCAAACCAAAUUCAAACUUUGAUUCAGACAUUGUGUUUCUGUUGUGUUUAAUUCACUGAAUUAAGUUUGGCAUGUUAAGUGUCAUUUGAAGCUAACUACUGCAGCAGUCAUAUGCAAAUUUUGGUAUGGCCCAUAAUGUUUGCUUCUUGACUACUGGUUUAUGUACUGUUUUGUUGGAUAUUGUUAUUGAAAUAUAAAGAAACUGUUGAGCUACGACAAGUGAAAAGGCAAGUAGGGACUUGGAAAUGUUCACAUAAAAGGUUAGUCAUUAAUUCAUGUUACGGUUUUAUGUUUUAAUAAAUAAUUUUGAACAAAUUAUUGAUAUUCAGCUUAAUUUUUAAUGUCUUUUGAAGCUGAAAGAAAAUAGAGCAAGGUAUACUUCAUUUAUAAAUAGUAUACUACUCCACUUAUUUCAAUUGAGUUUUCCUCGAGUGUCUUCAAAUCCACUUAUCUCUAGAUUCCAUUUCUUUCUCUUACAAAAUUGUUAAAAUCAUCCUGUACUUUUUUUUAUUAAACCUAUUACAGGACAUAGUCAAUAAAAAGAACUUGUAGCUAUAUCAUCAUUCAAAUUUUAAAGUGUAAAAUCCCUAAAAAGUUUUUCUCACUGGAGCAGUAUGUAAAAGGUUUUCAAAGAUUUCACUCGGUGAAGAUGUGCAGCCUGUCACCCGUGCAAGUUUUUACUUUGUAACCUUUUGCUGCUGUGUCACUAUUGCUGUGCCUUCUCUGGUAUGCAUCAACAAAAACAUUGACAGCUUUGGUGGUAAAAUCUGUUAUAAUCUCAUCACAGGUAAUACACUGCCAAAAUUCUUUUUCCCCUGUUUUCUCGAAAUGAAAAUCAAGACAAGUUGUUCAAGUCGGAAACCCUCAUGGCGCAAGCACACACAUUUUUCUUUUCCAACAAAAAAAGAUUCCUAAAAAAAUUCAACUCGUGGAGGAUUCACCCAUUUUUGAUUUUUCGUAAAUUAUUUGACUCAAAUUAUUGUGAUGAAGUGUGAAGGAAUGCAAGGUAGAUUAUUAUUUUCAAAUGACAUUUUCGCUGCUGUUGCCUUCCUGUAUCUUGAAUUCUUCAACACAAAAGAGUUUAAAGCUCUUUCGGCGAAAAAAUGGAUAUAGAUAGAGACUGACUUUAUUAAGCGAGGGUAGCACAUGACAGUAUUAACAACUGAUAACCCAGUGGCUUUGAAAAAUUAAAAAUACUUUCACUAAUUUGGCCUAUCAUAAACUUUAGUGAUAAAAAAUUAUGUAUCAAAAAUGGUAUAGAUAAAGAUUAAAAUAUACACAAUAUCGUGAUAAGUUAAGAUGAAAAAAUUAUGUAUGUUAUUAAAAACUUAAGUCCUUUUUCUGAGUAACUAAAAAUUUCUUUAAAAGGCUUUUUUUAAAACCUGAGUAGCUGUCCAAAACUCUCAGAGAUCUUGGAAUAGAGUUCCAACCCUUAAUAGAGCGAACUGUAGAAGAACGACCACCCUCCCUGGCAUAAUUUUAUCGAGGACAAAGCAAAUUUUAAUUACAAUAUCUUGUAUUCCUCAUAUGCAUGCUAGAAUUUGUAACUAGAAGUUUAUUCAUAUAAUAAUUAUUAGGAGUGUUUCCUUUAGUCUCUCGUGAAUGAGUGCGCUUUGAUUUAUGUGGGACUCCCUAUAAAAAGGAAUCCAUUUAAGUGUAUUAAACAGUUCCAGUACUGAUCUUGAGUUAAAAGGUGCAUUCAGAAUCACUGUCGCUGCCCUCUUUUGAAGUCUGAGAAUGCUGUCCAAAGUUGCCUUGCUUGUAGGUGACCACACACUCGAUCCAUAAAGGAAAGAUGGUUUAAGUACAGCAUCAUAGUAGAGCUCUUUAUGUGAUCUUUUUAAGUAUGGACUAAUGUGCUAGAGAAGUCCAAUUGUCUUUGAUAACAACUUACAUAGAGCAUCUGAUUGAGCAUCAAAGUCAAGAUCUUGGUCUAUAUGAAUACCUAGAGGCUUAUGGCUUUUAACCUGUUCAAUAAUAGCCCCAUUCAAAGAGAGGACUUAGAUUUGCUUCAGUACUGUCCAAACAUUUAAUCAAAUUAAGUAUUGUAGAAUCUCAAUAUAAUGAAGGGCCAGGGGCUGGCAAAAUAUGCUCGUUAUAAGGAGGUUUGUUAACUUAUAUCAAGGUUCGUUUUCAUAUUGCCAUAUAUUUUACUGUUUCUGGGGUUAAAAAAUACUUCGUUUUACCGCGGGAUUUUGUUAUAUAGAGAUCCCAUUCUAGCAUCUAAAUUUAUUAUUGGUCAGUUUCAAUCCCAUCAGUCUGACGUGUAGUAAGCCUUAAAACGCCUCUCUUUACGAGGCUGAGGGUGCAUCUGGAUUAUUCUGUCUGCGGUAUUUUCCCUCCUCUAUCAAUCAUAGCAAAGUCCCCCUGCUAAAAGAUUUGACAGCUAAACACGCAACUGUCAAAUAAAAUAAGGGGCAUUGCUAUCUCUGAUGGACAUCAGCAUCUUUCUUUGUCAAAGGAGCACUAUUUUGUGAAACCUGGGACAUGCGGGGGAAUGAGCCGAACAAAAUAGCAGAGGCAAUCAGUGGCAGGGAAUGCACCAGGAAAAACACUAGUUAGCUAAGUUAUCAUUACGUAGGUCCUCCUUUUAUCCCCACAGCAAUAUUUGCACUGCGCAACAGUCAAAAUUUGCCACCAUGAAACAAAAAACAAAUGGUAGGUCAAAUCUCUAAUUGUCAUUUUUAUUAUUGUCUUUUCAUGGGGGGUCUGUAAAGGGGGGUUCUGUGGACCAGUCUGUACAGUGGUCCAUGGAGCAUGGACCAGGUCCGUAGGAGGGUCCAUGGAACGGGCCAGUGUUUCCAGGUUACCCUAAACGUCUCUCCCUCCCAAGCUAUGUAUCUAGAUUUUCUUUGAUCCCAUCAACUUUGUACGUGUCUCAGGUCAAAAUUAAAUUCAGGUUAAAAUUUUUUAAGCUAGCAUUUACUAGCCCAGACGUCAUUUCAACUAGCCCCAAACCUUUUUGACUAGCAGAAUUGAUUUCACAGUUCUUCUGUUAUUCAGAUUCCUUAAAAAUUGUCACUUGCCCGCCGGGCAAAAUAAAAACAGAAUUCACUGGCCAGAUAGCAAAAUCCACUAGCCCCAUAGCCCAGGCUAUCGGACACUACUUUCUUUGCACACUGCCUAAUCAAUAAAGUUCAGAAGUUCAGAGUCAUUCGGUGGGGGGUCUUUGUUUUCAAGGCACCCAGUUUGGCCUGUGUACAUCAGUGGUGUGGAAGUGAGUGCAUGCUAAAAGAGACUUUUGAUCACAGCACUUUUCAGCAAGAACAGAAAUAUCAUAAUAUUAUCAUAUUAUAUGUUGUUUUCAUAUUAGGCAACGGACUCUCUCGAGUUCUAGGCCAGCAAGUGUGAGUGAACAAGUGAAACAUAUGAAUGCCUGAGUGCCCACAAUACUUGUUUCUUCACUACAUGUAUCACAAGUAAAAAGGAAAAAAAUUACAAGAUUAAUCCUUAUCAGUUUGGAAAUAUGAGAACUUUGCAUAGUUGUUUUGACGUUACACAUGCAUUUUCUUUCUUAUGCAGGUGCAGCAUCUGACCAAAAUGUCACUCAACCAACUAGCAAAGUAAAUGCUACAAUGACACCAACCCAACCACCAACCACAAACAAAUCCAGCGGCAAUGAAUCUUUUAAUGAAACAGUUACAUCAUCUACGUCAACCUCUGGAAGUCUAGAAUCAACUGGUACUAUGGGAAAGCGAGACACACAUGGUUUGUUGCAAAGAUCAUUGUAUGUGGUAAGUGAAUUAACAAAACCCUUUGGGUAUCUUAUUUUACAAAGUCUAACUUAGGCUGUGGUUUAAGAAAUCAUUGGAUCUCCACUGCAGGUUCUCAUUAAGCACUGGCAGCUUUGAAGUCUGAGCCAUCUUCUUUUGGCGGAAAAUGGGUAAAGUGAGGGAGUGAAAAUUUCAAAUUCCCUACAGAGCUUGAUUGCCAAGAACACUGCCUAUAGAUCUCUUUUUUCUUGGGUUAAUUUAAGGGAAUAAGUGCUUUCCAGUCUAUUUCUAUAUGCAUUAAUGCAAAUUAUUCAUCCUAAACAUUGGUGUUUCGAUAAAAGCAUUAGCUGGGCAAACUGAAAAUGACUUCGAAUGUGGUUUUGUUGAACACGGACUAAACUCCAUUUAAGUAUCUGGCCCUUUCCCUCUUUCUCUAGCUUUCUUUUAACCUCUGUUGAUCAAAAUUUAAAACUUAUUCUUGUCACAAAGUAUUUUUAUAAUCAUCCACAGAGAGCACAGUUGCCUUAUACAGUACAUGUAAUGCUACUUGUUUAUUCCAAUUUAUUAAAUCUGUUUCUUUCUUCAUUUGUCAUGGAAAGGAUUUGCAUCCAUUCAAGGGUGGUUUCUCCAUCUAGUUUUUUUAAAAAAACAACCACCAACCUGAGUGGGUUACUGAAGUAGACACUUUUAUGUGAACUCUCCCGGAUUAUGCAGGAGUCUCCUGAACAUGCCACCAAUCUCGCAGAUAAAAUCAACUUCAUAGCAUUUCUGUGUGAAGAAGGCGGAAGGCAAUUGCUCUCACCACUACACCAUCCCUGCUUCCCAAAAUUCUUUUCCAGACCUUAGGCAAAGGGGUUCUUGAGUGAUGCACAUUAACUGGAGGUGGACUUUUAGCAUUCUUGGGUAGUACAUGCAGUUUUCCCAAAUUCUCAAGCAAAUUGUCUCUGUAAGAGAAAAGACUCACUAGCAAUAAGAAUUUUGCUAGCAUUAAUUAGAGUUGAUGCAUACAGAGUAUUAAAAGGGAAAAGGUCUCAUCUUUGAUUGGCAUCACAUUGCUCGAAAAUGCCUUUGCUUAAGUUCGUUAUACAGUAAACACCCGCAUAUAAGAACACACGAUUUUGGAGGUCAGGCUGAUUGAGUUCUUAUUUAUCGGGUGCUUAAUGACAAAUCAGCCUCAAAAUGUUCUUAAAUUUUUAUUAUGUAAUACUAUCCAAAACAUGUUGCUAGAGGUAUAUUUUAAGCAUAUUUUAGCAAAAUAAAAUAAAUAAUUAUCCAGUAAUUUGAUCAUAUUAUAUAUUAUAUUAUAUCAUAAACUUACAUGCUUUGUAAUCAUGACACUUUUUCCAUUUUAUAAGAACAAGUUACAAUUUUCAGGCUAAUCUUGUUCUUAUAAAAAUGGGGCUUUAUUGGCCAAAUUUCAGCCUGGUGUUCUUAAUCCGCUUGUUCUUAUAUGCGGGUGUUUACUGUAUACUGUGUUUGCCCACCUGAACAAGAACAACACACACUCAUGUUAUCACUUAUAUUACAUAGUACGCCGGACAGAACUGUUCUGGAUUAAUGUUGUAGUUAAUUUUUUAACUCAGGUAAUUUUUGUUUUUCUUUUGUUUUUGGGUAUGGUAAUUUAUGCUAACGAAGUUGAAACAAAGGAAAAUAAAAAUUGCCAGAGAUAAAAAGUUAACUACAACACUGAUGUUGAUUUUGCAUACCUUUGUGAUUUUGUUACUAAGUUUGGGUAUGCUGUAACACAAGUCCCCCUUGCUUGAUGAACAUGAAAAUAUCUCUCCGCGUUUGUAAUGGCAUAAAGUUCAAAAGAGAAAAAUAAAAUUGAGGUUCUUUGGCUUGUUUUAUUUUUGUAUGGUAAAACGUCAACCAGAACAGUUUUGUCCCGUGUACUAACUAUUUUUAUGGUUCUUUGCAGGCUGUUGGAAUCAGUGCAAUUGUUGUAAUAUACUUUAUUGUGCGUGCAGUUAAAACAAGAGGGAGAAGAAAGGCCAAAAAGUAUGUCUUGUUCAUUUUAGUAACAAAGCUCACAGAAAUUUUUCAGUCACAUGAUUUUUUAGUGUGAUAUUCACUGGAAGCUGCACUGUUUUUUUGACAGAAUUUAAGAAAAUAUCAGUUUGUACUUGUAAAUAAUUGUUUUGGUUCCAUAUAUAUCCUUUGUGUAAUUUUUACUUACUUUUGAUCAGGGUAUGGUAAUGUGCAGUAAUGAGUCUGAAACAUUUUCCAAAAUGAAAUUUAAGCCAAUUUAACCUUAAUAUACACAGGUCUGUACUUUAGCAUAACAUAUCUGGAGCCAUUUUAGCAUAUUACCAGCAUCAUUACUCUUACUUUAUUUAGUUUUUUUAUUCAUUUUGAUAAUCAGAUGGUGUAUUGCAUUUCUGAAAAAUGUGUUUAAAUUUUUCCAGCCAAUACUACAUAGAUAAAUGACAUAGGGUGUCAUUUACCUUACUAUGUCAGGCCUGCAAGGUGCUGACAUUUCCUUUCAAAAUCAAUUAUCAAAGACUAUGUAGGACUUUUACUGUUUUAUUUUGAUACAUGUAGUAGGAGAAGGAAAAACGUCCAGUGUCAUUAGGCAGAUACAGUCAACUCUUGCGUUGUUGACACCACGCUAUAAUGGACACCACAAUAAAACAGACAGUAGCUAAAUCGCCGGCAAAAAAAAUUACAAUCGUGUGACUAAAAUAAAAUCCCGCUAUUACAGACUCUCGCUUAUGAGGACACUAAUUCAAGGUCCCUACGGUGUCCACAAUAAAGGGAGUUAACUGUACUAGGUACUGGAUUCCAGUCUUUGCUAGUGGAACUUGGAUUCUGGAUUCCAGUCCUUUUAGUGGGAUUCUGGAUUCCUUGAGCUGUAUUUCAGAUUCUGAAGCCCAGGAUUCUUGAUUUUGCAAGCAAAAAUUACUCAUAUUCUGGAAUGCAGAUUCUCUUAUAUGAGGCGAAUUAGGAGUAAUAACACCUUCGGCUGGGCAUAAUACCAGUUAGUUUCACUGGUAACACUUGAUUUUCAAGCAUAAUCCACUAGACCUUGAAUAGGAACCAAGGUGAAUUGCUUUGUGGUGUGCUAUCACACAAGCAUGAAGCUGUGAUUGUAAUAAUAAUAAUGAUAAUAAUAAUAAUAAAGGUCUUUAUUAAUAAUUCAUUGCGCAAACAGACAUGCAACAAUUUACAUAGCAAUAAAAUGAAUAAAGGAAAGCAAAAAAAUACAUAAGGAAAACGACUAAAUAAAUAUUAGUUACUAUUAAGGAGACAUCUAUUAACAAAAACUGAUUAUUUAUUAUUACUUUCUGUUAGGUAUGGUGUUAUUCAUGGAACCGGUUCAGCGGAAUUGCAGCCUCUAGAAAAAGCUAUGGAAGAAGAAGAGGAAGAAGAAGACAUGACACUUUUUGACCGGAAAGACACUAAGUGGCCAAGAUAAGGGGUUAUUAAGUUCAUAAACUACUGUACUACAGAGCCAAACUAAUCUACAAUAAUGAUGUAAUAAACACCCAGGGCGUCCAUUUAAUUUCCGGGGUCCAAGUGAGGGCAUUUAAUAGAUAGGAGGCGUUUAAUUUAAAAAGAGAGUCAUUUUAUUCUCAUAACUUUAACAAGCUCAACAAAAGGAAUAUACUUUGGGCUAAAAUAUCAAGUUUAGAAAUAGUGGAAUAUCCACUCCAUCAAUUGAUAUGUCUAGGCCAUCUACAUGUAGAGAUCCAUACCACUCUUUUAAAUUCUAACAUCGAUGUCAGAAUCCUCGCUCAGGGUUGUUGUGUUGCCAUCAUCAGUCUAUCCUUACUAGUCUUUGAACUUGACAUUGAACGAGAUGAAAUACGCAAAGCCUUUUAACGCAAGAAACUGAAUAAUUUGGCUCCUUUUUCCUAAUUCCUGGUAAUUUGGAGUAAUUCUCGUAGGAGGCCUCUAUUAGACAGUGGGUGUUUAUUAGAGAAAGGUGUCUAAUAAAAUUUUAACAGUGUAGAGGGAACGUUAUUAGAUGAGAGGCUUUCUGAGUGGGAGUAUAUUAGGUCAUUUAUGGUAACAGAAAAGAAAAUUUUGUGAAGGGAAAGAAAUCAAUGCAGAAUUCUUUAACUCUCUCUCUGUUAAUAAGUGUACAGGCAACAACACUACCCUGGGAAUGAGGUUUCCACUUCAGGUAUAGUCAGAAGACUUUUCUUUAGCGCUACACAUUGAUAGAAGGGUACUUUUUGGCCACGGCCUGAUUUCGCCUUAUUUGAUAAUGUAAUUUUAUUAAUAAUAAUAAUUAAGAAUCAUUGAAUGAGGCUGAGUAUUAUGGAGAAGGUGGAUAACACCCUCCAAGAUCUCCAUUUUCAGAUGAUACGAAAGCCAGAUUCAAUAAUUGCUUUAUUAUUCAUUCAAAAUAAUUCCUAGUAUAAAAACGAUCUGAAACAUGCUUACCUCCAUCAAUGAUAAGUUCAUCUUUGAUAGUACAUGUUUAUUGGCAAUUUUACCGGGUAAAAAUGUUCCACCAUUUUGUAUCACUACCAAAACAACUCAACCUUGUCCCCAGGUCUUCUCGGUUAAGGGUUCAAUAAUCUGACAAUUUUGCUGCAUGAUUGACGUCAUCAGUUCACAUAUUACAGAAUUCGUCCAAAUUUGGUUGACAGUAGCUGGUUAUGAUGAAUUAAACGUGGGAUUUUAGCCAAUCAGAAUCAGAGAAAUACUUUGAAUGAAUAAUAAUU